AGAGAGAGAGAGAGAGAGAGAGAGAGAGAGAGAGAGAGAGUUGGGUCCAGGCGGAGGGGCCAUCAGCCAUGGCGGAAGACUAUGAGCAGCACCAAAUGGUCCCCAAAGAGACAGCAAUACAAGCCCUGAACACCAUCAUACAGCUCCAUUUCGAGAAAACCCUUGAGAAGAAACGUGCUGUGGAUCAGCAAAAGAAGGAGCUGUGGAGGCUCUUCCAGCUUUUCUUCCUCUUCCUGGCGCUUGUAUUGGGUGCUCAGGUUCAGUCACCCAGGCUUCAAUGUCGGCACUGUUGGGUACCCAUCGGACUCAUCUCCCUGGGUCACCUCAUCUUCUAUGUCUCCGUUGCUCAGACCCUCCGAUGCAUCAAUGGCUUCAAGUACCAGAGGCGUUGCCAUAAACUGACGUUAGCCCUAGCCACCGAUCGCCUUAAGCACCUCAAGAUGAGGGCCGGAGCCGAAGCUGCUGCUGCUGCCGCCGGAGACAUGGGUCUCGGAGACGAAACGUACGAGUUGGAGAUACACUACCAGGAACCACCGGAGAGUUACUUCGCCAAGUUCAAGAGGAACUGGGCUUUGCAUUUUGGCUUCUUGAUCCUCACCUACGCUUUCAUGGUUUCUUCCUCCGUUGUCCUCCUCUGUUUCUAGACCUACAAAGUUAAUUUCUUCUGCUGGGUUCAAUUAAUGUUCUAGAUGGACUGGAAUUUGGCUCUUGAAUUGAGGUCGUGGUAGUUGUCGC